AUGGCUCAAUAUGACUACUGGCCGCGGUAUGGGAAUGAAAACUAUUCACUUGUGAGUUUGAUUAAACGAAAUAAUAGGAAAAUGAGUGAUUCUUUGUAGAUUUUACCGUUAGAAGACUCUUUCGACCCGGUUUCCUCGACCCAAUGGAUGCAACGGAAUUGGCUGCAUUCCAUCACGGCUUCCGUGGCUUAUGUUGUACUCAUUUUCGGUGGACAAAAGGUUCGUAUUCUCAUUUUUUUAAGGAAACAGUUUGACAACUCCUCACUUGUGUAAAAUAUUUUUUUGGAGAGAUUUUAUUUUUUUUUGUUUUUCAGAAAGAAAAAGUUUUUAUUUAAAGUUUCGGUGAAAAAUUUACUAAGACUGUGUCAACAGAACACUGCAUUGCAUUGAAAUUUUAAAUUUUUUUCGAAAAAUAGGGCUUCUAAUUCUUUUUUUAAAAGGGUCAGAAGAUCGAUUUUUAACGGAUUUAUCCAAUUUUUAACACUACUAGGUUGCUUUUUUUUUUUUACUUUUUAGAAUGUAGAAAAAGUUCGGAGAAAAAAUGUCAUAUUUUGUCAAUAGUUAUAUUAUUUUUUUCGGAUAUCUUAAUUUUGUAGCUAAUGGAAAGCCGCAAGCCGUUCGCCUUGGAUGGUCCGCUUUUUGUUUGGAACUCAGUACUGGCCAUUUUUUCCAUCCUCGGCUUUGUUCGGAUGACGCCCGAGUGGCUCUGGAGCUGGCAUGGCGAUGGGUUUCAAUUUUUUAUUUUUUCAAACAAAAAUUGGUAUUUUUUUCAGAAAUUCAUUCACUUACUCGGUUUGUACGGCUUCGUUCGCCCAGGGCGUGACUGGAUUUUGGACUGAGCAAUUCGCCAUGAGCAAGGUGAGAAUGGGGGCUGAUUGAACAAUUUUUUCAAGACUUUUUAAUUAAAAAAUCGGGAGUGAAAAUUGAUGAUUUGGCUUGUGAAAAUGUAUAUUUGGUGAUUCUACUAAGAAAAGGUUUUUUUGGGCCAAGGGCAUGAAGAAAAGAAGUGAUACACGUUUUCCUGGAUUUGAUAUGCUUGAAAAUUCAAUUUAAAACGUAUUUACGGCGAAAUAUUUUCGAAACUUGGGCCAUGUGUAAAAUGAAAAAGAAAAGUAAAAGUAUUUCUGCUAUCGAAUAAUUGAUAUCUUUUGACGAAUUCUCGCUAAAUUUUCUUAAAUUUAUGAGCUUGAACUUGGAAAAAACUAUGAAACGGCUAGGGAAAGAUAUUAUGUUGAGCAAAAAAAAGUUCUGAAUUUUCAGUGAAAAAAUAUUUUUUAAUUUGUAUUUUCAGGUCGCCGAACUCAUCGACACGGCCUUCAUCGUUGUCCGAAAACGGCCACUCAUCUUCCUUCACUGGUACCACCAUGUGACCGUUUUGGUCUACACCUGGCACGCUUACAAGGAUCACACAGCUUCCGGUCGGUUUUUGUUUUUCAUUUUUUUCUUCAUCAGCUGAAUAGAAAAGAGCAAAAUUUGAACAGUGAAAUUUUAUCUGAGAAGGUGGAGAACAAGGAAGUUUUCUGAAAUCUCUGAAACUUGAAAACUGCUAUAAAAUAAUUCUUUUUCUUAUCUUUUUGAAAAUUAUGAGGUUAUUUUUGCUUUACUCAGCUGACAUGUGAGGUGUACUUUCGAGCGCCCUGAUUUUAAAGCUCAAUAAUCCUUUUUAUGGAAAUUUUUCUCAUGGUUAAGAGUAAGUUUUUUGUAUUCUGUAGGCGUCCAGCUCGAUUAGAAAAUAUAAUAAUUUGGAAAUUUUCGAGUGAGUUGAUCAAAACAGUUUAAAAACCGAAGUGUAUAGUGUCUAAAUGUCUUUAUCUAAAUAUCAUCUCUCCCAUGACACAGCCUUUUCCAUUUAUAUGAUUUUUUCAGGCCGCUGGUUCAUCUGGAUGAACUACGGUGUCCACGCUCUGAUGUACUCGUACUACGCCCUCCGCGCCUUGAAAAUGCGUCUUCCCAAGCAAAUCGCCAUGAUCGUCACGGUUCUCCAAAUCUCCCAAAUGGUCAUGGGCGUCAUCAUCGGCGUGACUGUCUACCGUGUCAAGGUGAGAAAAAUUGCCUGUAGUUAUUUUUUCGGCUUAAAAAAUCUUUUUGCGUCUAUUUUAGUGUGUGCUCGAAGUGAUCGAGAUUCGUUUCGUGAAAAUAUUACGCUCGAAAUUUUUCUUUUUUCGUUCGAUAAAAAUGGGAAAGCAUCUUUUUGAAUACAUUUCGUGCGUAUUGAUUGGUUUAGUCAACAGGAAGCAAAAUUCAAACGACGGUGACAUCAAAUUGGCGCCAAAAACGCAUCGCGUCCGCUUUGCACACGAGGGUUCAAACCAAGAAAAACGGGUCAUAAUAUUGCAAAGCUUCAUCUGAAAAUACAAUAGAAUUCUGUAAUUUUUGAGCUCUAAAAAUCGUCUUUAUCGAUUUCAGAGAUUUAGAAAGUUCAAACAAAAGUUUCUUCAGGCUGCCGGCGGAGCUUGCCAACAAACGUACGAGAACCUGGCCCUCUGCUUCACCAUCUACUUCUCCUACUUCUUGCUUUUCUGCAACUUCUUCUACCACGCCUACCUCAAGCGCAACAACCGUUAUGCUCACCUCGAGGCGAAGAAAAAGAAAGAAUCCGUCGUCGAACAGAAAGUUAGUUUUUCUUUCAACAAAGUUUUUUCAGCUCUUUUUCAAGAAAGAUGGAAGAUAGUCUUUACUUUGAGAUAACUAAUUUUCACUUCUUAAUGUAACUCUGGUUUGAAGAAGGUUGUUCCUAAGCCGUUAUCCUAAUUUAUUAGCCUAGCUUUUUCAGAAAGUUCAAGCGAAUAAUGUUAAUUUUCAAGAGCACUUGACUGUCUCUAAAUGUUUGGCCUAAAUUUCGUAUAUAGGCAAAAUUAUCCGCUCGAUUUAUAGUUUUUGGUCAUUUUUCCUCGUUACUAUCGAAAGAAAGGCGCAGAAAUCCUAAUACUUCUUCCUGAAACUUUUUUUUUGUUCAAAAUUAGCUCUAUUCAAUAAGAAUUGUUCAAUUCUCCUUCUAGGAACUGGGAUCAUUAUCAUUGUUUUACUGUCCUUUUCUUCUCCUGGAGAACAAAACUUUGCUUCCAGGACGAGCUCGAGCCCAAGGAGGACAUCAACGCCAACAUUCAUCCGUCUCUUCUUGGCUCUACCACCAAGCGUCGUGUCCAGAAAGCUGACUAA